AUGAAAGUCUUUGAAGAAGUUGUUUCUUGCUCUCUUCCUGUGGACUACUUUGCCGCUGCUACUUUUCUUAACGGGGUGUACUUUAUUUCGUACAGUGCGGUGUAUAAGUACUUUACCACAGGACACAUCGAAAAGUAUCCAUUUCCCGCUAUUUCUCCAUCUUUUAGCAAAGUUAUCUCCACUGAGUGCGGAGAGUAUCUUGUGUUUACGCAGAAGAACGUUCAGACGGUAUACAACCCGAGCUUGAACUACAUGGAUACAGUCACCCUUUCAGGAAAGCCAACGCGCACGCUUAUUGAUAAAUUUGCAGUUAUCAAUUUGCUGUACAACGAGAUACACAUAUACCACAUAAAUAAAAAAGGACACAUUUCGAAGUACAAAAUACCGCAGAGCAAGCUGAUCAACAAGUACAGGAUAAGAAAGAUAGCACGACAAGACGGAAGAAUGCUCUUGAUAGAGGACAAACUUGUUGAAAUACGCCUGCGAAUAAAAGAGAGCCAAAGCACAGGCGCAGACAUCGGUGGACUCGACAUGAUGAUAAAUGUGGGGAUGAAAAGCCCUGUGCUAAUAGAGCCAGAGCCCAUUACAUUCUGCGCCAAGCCGCUGGAGGACAUCCUGUGCACUACAUGGGGCGGAGUCAUGAAGUACGAAACAGGAAUGGAAGUGUACAGCAGAAACUACGAGAACUACAAGCUAGAAUACAUCUACAAAACAGACGGAGAGAUAAUCAGUACACAAGACAGGGUGGAAGCAGAAGAGAAGCUGUUCCUGCAAGAAACAAGCCAGGACCAGGACGGGAGUGUGGUGAAUAUUGUGGAAAUAGGGAAAGAUGGACCGGUAGUUAUUUUCCAAAUCAAAAAAAAAGAGAAAGUGUAUGUUAUCAACAAAAGUACAUUUUUAGUCACGGGCGUAGUGGAUAGGGUAGUGCGCUGCAAGAAAGACACAGGGACAUACCACGCGCCAGCAGUUGAGCUGAGCAAAGAAAAAAACAUACAAAGAAAAGAAAGCGAGGUGAUUGAAGAGAGCAUGGAGUACCUUAGAGGCUACAGGAACAUUGAGUUUGUGCUGGAAGACGCCUCAGAAGAAGAGAACGCGAUGUACAUUGAAAAGAUACUCAACUCUUUCAAAGAGGACGUAACUGCAAAAAUCCUUGCACUUGGCAUCAUGCUCUCUAAGAAGAUCGAAUACAUAAAAGAGACAAAAGAAGAAAUAGAAAAGAUAGAAGAAAAAACAAGAGAAAGAAUAUGCGAGGCGUCGGAUAAAAAUGAAAGAAUAAUAGGGCGAAUGAGCAGAAUAAUUAAAGACAUGCAGGACUUGAAGGACAAAGACAUAAAUGAAGACAGAAACACACUGGAGAGAAUACAUGUGCUCAAAAAGAAAAUAGAAGAGCUGAAAGAGAAAGUAAAAACAAAAAGUACACAGGAAAGACUUGUAAAAGAAAAGGGAGAGUAUUGUUUAUUAAAGCAACAGAACGAAUAUUUGAUGAAGAAGCUGGAAACAAUGAACUGA